ACGGAACCUGCUCAACUCAAUAAGUCAUACGCAACAACCAUCCAGCCACCCUUUGCCCCGUCAAUCGCCUCGCAAAUCAAUUUCCCACCUCAAUGCUCUCGCGAUAGUCCACCGCCGAUAACCUACCUACCUACCACCUCACCCUUGGACCCCAUGGACCAGACCUUCGACCUCCCCGACUCGACCGACUGGCUCGCCACGCCGCUGUCCGGUCUCGCGCCGCUCGAGUCCGCGCUCCGCUGUCAAGUCUGCAAGGAUUUCUUCAAUAACCCCGUCAUCACCUCGUGCAGCCACACCUUCUGCUCGUUAUGUAUUCGCCGCUGUCUCAGCGCGGAGGGGAAAUGUCCCGCGUGCCGCGCCUCGGAUCAGGAGCUGAAGCUGCGGCCGAAUUGGGCGGUGCAGGAGCUGGUGGAGACGUUCCAGAGCGCGAGGCCGAGCGUGCUGCAGCUGGCGCGGCAGGCUGAGGCGCGGAAUAGCGAGGAUCUCGAGCAGCCGGCGUCGAAGAAGCGGAAAAUGGAGGUCUCGGAGGAGCUGACAGAUGACAUGUCGGUGGACGGGGUGAGGACGCGGUCACAGGCAAGAGGGGGUUCGACGCCACAAGGGCCGCCUGCGGCGGAGGUGAUUGAGGUGAUCGACGAUAGUCAGGAUGAGGAGUUUGUUCCUGCAGACGGACUCGUUGCGUGCCCUAUUUGCCAACGGAAGAUGAAGAACGAGGCGGUCUUUUCACACCUUGAUAAAUGCACUGGGGAGCCUUCGCCGCCUAAAUUUUCACCGAAAUCUUCCUACGGCUCCUUACAAAUGCAGAUUCCUGCGCGAUAUCCGUAUAGAACCAAAAGCAAAACGCUUGAAAGACUUCCCACCAUGAAUUACUCUCUGUACAAGGAAAGUAUGCUUCGAAAAAAGCUCAAAGAUCUGGGCAUACCCAACACAGGCCCACGGCCUCUCCUACAAAAACGUCAUACCGAAUGGGUGAAUCUCUGGAACGCCAAUUGCGACUCUAAAUCGCCUAAGCCACAUGGGGUCUUGUUGCGCGAACUCGACGUCUGGGAACGGACCCAAGGUAACCAGUCCUCUUCGGCGACCGAGGCUCCAGGAUCGAUCAUGCGCAAAGAUUUCGACAAGGCUGCUUGGUCAACGAGCCAUGAGGACGACUUCAAGAGGCUAAUAGCCGAUGCUCGGAAGAAGAGUGGCGCCGCUGUGCAUACCGCAAAACCGCAAGAAUCCCCUGUGUCAAGCACACUGCAGAACACGUCUGUUUCGGAGCCGACAGACGCAUCAGUAUCUGUUGAGACCACCAAUCCUUCCGAGACUAUGCCUGUAGAUGCCAGUAUGUCAGGUGCUGGUGCUCCUGAGACGUCAGUGCCACCAGACCUAAACCAUGGUCAAAUGACUGAGCUGCAUCAGUAA